AUGGCCGACAGACUACGAGAUCAACAGCAGUAUGAGCAACUGCAAAAUCGAUUUAUUGGAGUUGGAAAUCCCGAUACCACUAAACACGAGUGGCGUGCCAAUAUUCAAAGAGACAGUUUGGCAUCCUACGUGGGUCAUCCGCCUCUUUUGACAUACUUUUCAGUUGCUCUUGGAGAGCCUCAUGCGGUCACCAAGGCGCGAUUCUUGGACGUAAGUUGUAUAUAUGUGCAGAGGGAAGAAAAAAAAUUCUAA